AAAUAAAAUAAGCCCAAAAACUUAAAAUACCCCCAAAAGAAAUGAUUUUCAAAGAGAGUUUCUAUGAUGCACAAUUCACAGCCCAGGUAAACACUAAGGAUGAUCUAAUAAAAGGUUUGAGAUUGUUAUGUAACUUGGGUGGAGCUGCCUAUUCUUUGCCCAUAUUUUUGGCACCGUAGUUAAUACAGGAGGCUUAAGAAUAGAGGUUCUGAUUGCCUGGACCACAUUCAAGAAUAGCUGCACCCCUUUGUAUAGAAUUCUCUGCCUCUACCUGAUAAGCGUUUGUCGAGCUGAGUCACAGGGAUUGACUCCAAGACAGCAGAGGAGAAGAUACAGAAGACUUCCACACAGACCUAUCUGAACGUAGGAUCCACUGAUCACUCCUAACCUACUGCACCAUGGCCGGAAAGAGGGUAAUUGUGGUAUUUGGAGCCACAGGAGCUCAGGGGGGCUCAGUCGCUGAGGCUCUCCUGGCAGAUGGCACCUUCGCUGUCAGGGCGGUGACCCGAGACACCAGCAAACCAGCAGCGGUGAAGCUGAAGAAGGCCGGAGCGGAGGUCGUGUCUGCAGAUCUGGAGGAUGAGAAAAGUCUGGAGGUCGCACUGAGUGGAGCUUAUGGGGCGUUCGUGGUCACCAAUGCCCAUGAAGGAUCUAAGAAAGACAAAGAAGUUAUCCAGGGAAAACUGGUUGCGGAUCUAUGUAAACGUUUUAAUCUGGAGCUUGUGGUCUACAGCGGACUGGAAAACGUGAAGAAGAUGACCGGGGGAAAGCUGGACGUGUCUCACUUCGACAGUAAAGGCGAGGUGGAGGAGUAUUUCAGACAUAUUGACUGCCCCAUGACCAGCGUCCGGCUGGCCUUCUACUACGAGAACCUGCUGAGUGCGUCCAAGCCAAAGAGGAGUAAAGAUGGGAAGAUGUUUCUUUUAGUAUUAUGUGCUCUUCCAGGCCUCCCGAUGGGUGAUGUACCCCUGGAUGGGAUAUCGGUAGCAGAUUUGGGUCCUGUCGUUGUCUCCAUCCUAAAAUCUCCAGAAUGUUACAAAGGAAGAAACAUCGGGCUGAGUGCAGGGAAAUUAACGGUGGAGGAAUACGCCAAGAUAAUGUCCACGGUCACCAAGGAGGACAUCAGGGAUGCCAAGAUUCUUCCAGACACCUAUGAGGAGCAGGGAGGGGCACACAACAUGGCCAACAUGUUCCGAUUCUACAUGAUGAGACCCGACCGGGACGUGGAGCUCACCCACAAACUGAACCCCAAAAUCAGGAAUUUCCAGCAGUGGAUGAAGGAGAACAAGGAGGCCUUAAAGAUUUAAUGUCAUGGCCGCCAAUAAUAAAGUCUUCAC